AUGGUUUCUGACGCCGGUGGAGCUAUUGCUCGCCGGCGUCGGGAUGUUUCGUCUUCUCUAAGUGUUCUUUGCAAGUUCUCCUCCGUUUGUACCCAUUCUCCUUCAAUGACUGCAGAUUUUGAUAUCCCUUUCUCAAUGUCUUCUAAUGGCUAUUUCGAGAUCUGUUAUAAAGAAAGGAGGUCGAUUACGGCGAGUCCCCUUCUACCCUACCCUCUACCUAUAGAGUUGGUUUCGAAGUCAAUAAAAGAGAAGUCUUUUGAAUCUAAUGGUGUUUCAUCCUUCAAAUCUGAGAUUUGUCUCAUCAUCUCUCUGAGAUCCACUGGAUCUAGAGCUCCCUCGGGUAAUCCCGUAAAACUUUCUCACCGGUCAACGUUGACAAACAUGUCCCCUAUCUCCUAG